CGCCCUCCCGUUCGGCUCGUAAGUAAGUCGGGACGGCCCUUGGUCCCUCCCAGGAGAGCAGAAGCGGCGGGGGGCUGGCCGGCCGGUUGGCUGGCUGGUCACUCACCACCACCCCCCGCCCCCCAUCCCACCGUUCGUUGGUCUCUCCGGACAGGCCGGUGAGCGCUCAGGUGGACUGUUGGCGGGGACGGAUCCCAAAGAUGGAAAGUUCAAGUACCACCGUCAAAAAGAUUUUAAAAGCCAAGAAGACAAUGCCUCCAAGUUGCCGGAAACAAGCGAAGUUACUAAAAUCGCGUACCUCUGCACCAGAAGCUCCUAAACAGGGUGAUGUGCAAAAUAAUAAAAAGCCGUUAGGGCCUGAGGGCCAAAGCAGCUACCAUAAAAAUUUGGAUAUUGGAAGUUCAGGACCCGACUGCAAGGUCACUUCAGUACUCCCUAAAAGAGGUGAACUACUCUCUCCAAUCUACGAGGCAACAACAGAAGCACUUGAUAAAGGUUCAGUGGUGAAAAAGAGAGUCUUGAAUGAACAGUUUCUAGGCCAGCGCAGCAGGUCAGAUGAAGCAGAAGAUCCUUGUGGCAAACUCUCCACAAGAGAUGCAAAUGAGACACCACACACGCCGUUGCCAAAUCUUGAAUGUGAAGCUCUUAAAAAAAAGCCAUCUAAGAAAACCAAAGCAGAUCGAAGUCCGAGGCCAAAAGUGGGACUGGUUGGUGUGCCCGAUGAUUUAGGCAAAAUGAGAGAAUGCCCUCUGGACAGCCACUCGGGAACUACCGGUAGCAAGAGACGGGAUGCGAAAGAGAAUAGUGGGGUGAUUCCCCAGGCAGAGAAUGUGACACCAAUUGCAGAAACACGUGCUGUAAGACCGAGCGAAGCCACGGUAAACAGAAAUCCAGAUCCACAAGAGGCGACGAACAAGAAGACUGCUAGGGUGGUGAGUCCAGUUAGACCCAAUGAAUCCCGUGGUGCUGUGAAGACAGAAGAGUCCUGUCGAACUGGUGUCAGUAGUUCAGAAUGUGCAAGUGUAGGCUCACCGCAGAAGUCAACAGCUAAUGUUCACAGCAGUACUCCAAAGAAGAGAGUGUUUUCAGGAAACAAAGAAAAUAAUAUUAAGCGUGCAAAAUCAUCAGAGGAAGUGGAAGAGAACAAGUCUGGAGUUCUAAAAAAAGGAACAGUCUUGGAACAGAUCAAAAGCUUGAUUCAAAAGGAGAUCUGUAUUGUUAACCAGGAAAUAUUUGAUCUUAAACUGAAAGAAUUAAAUGAACGAGUUGGAAAAACACAGUGCAGGAAUAAGCAUGAAGCCAUCGCUGUUGAACUCCUUUCAAAAAUAUCAAGGCUUGAUAGACGUAUGAAAGAUGCAUUAGCUGUUCAGAAGACUAUGUUAGAAGUAAGCAAACUACCUCAAGAUACGUCUCACAAGGCUGAAACUCCAGAGACUGUAAUUCUAAAUAAGCAAGACUCUCGAAAACACAGACAUCGGGAAAGAGAACAGUGUUUGAACCAGGGGCCAUCUAAACAUUUGAAAGAUACUCAAAAAACUGAAUCUAUAAAAACAAGCACUUUAUCUGAAGCUAAAAUUAAAGUUAAGGCAAGAGAAAAAGAAAAUAAGCCCAAACCUUUGGCUAAGGAAAAGCCCAUUUGCAAACCAGGAAAUACAGUAAAAGUCGAGGACUCCACUGUGACCUCCAACUUCAAUUCAAAGCAGACAAACACCACCUCAGACUCCUCCAAACAAAUGGCACAGAAUUCAGCACAGCCUGUGGAUGAAUACGCACAUCUUCCACCACUACCUGAGCCACCAUCGCAUUUCAAGCUAGAGAGCAGAUUGAUGGGCACUUUCCCACCUCAGAAGCCUGAACUAAAACUGAAACGAGUGCUUAAGUCAGAAGGCAUUGCCCUGUCAUGGAACAUUUGCAAGAUCGAUCCCAAGUGUGCUCCCGUGGAAAGUUAUCACCUCUUCAUUUGCCAGGGAAACACCACUGGCAAUUGCCCAUCCGUUUGGAAGAAACUAGGAGAAAUUAAAGCCCUGCCUCUCCCCAUGGCCUGCACUUUAUCUCACUUUUCCUUUUCUGGCACCUACUAUUUUGCUCUUCGGUCCAAGGACAUCUAUGGGCGUUAUGGCCCAUUUUGCGAUAUAAAAUCCAUCCCUGGAUCUUCGGAAGACCCCAGUAGCGACCCCCCAGGUCCUCCGUAACCGGCUGCCAAAAUGUUGUUCUGCUUCCAUGUUUGAAAGAUGUUUUUUUUUAAUGUGUAAUAAAUGUGGAGCCAAAGAAGGGUGUAUCCAGUCUAAACUGGUCAACAGUGAAU